AUGGUUUCGACAAUCACAGAAAUACAAAAGCAAGAUGGACCAGCAGUACCUGUCUCAGGCACUAGUCCACGUAGACGACAACGUACGCCAUUAUCUACCUGUAGAAGAGCAAAAAGGCGAAUUGAUGAUUUGAUCACUGUCGUUGGUUUUGUUACUACAAGCGUACAUCAGUCUCCAUCAAAGAAACCUCUUUAUGUUAGUGGAAAAACCACAAGUGAGGGUCAUGAAUAUAAAAUUAUCCAAACAAAGUUACAGAAAAGAAUACAAGGACAAAAACAAAUAUUUAUUGAUUACGUACCACCGCAACAUCCACAAGAUCCAAUGCAUUCAGAACUGCUUGAACCAUCCCGACGUUCGGAAGUUAAAUAUCUUCCUGCGAAUUCAAAUGUGCCGCAAUCUCACCAAGCAACUUUAAUGCCACAGGUGGCUGUACCGCUUAGCAUAGAUAUAGACUCAGAAUCAUUACCAGAAUUACCACUUCCUCCACAACUACCAGAUAUACGUCAACAUAUUCCAAAACAGCCACAACCUCCUAGUCCACCUAUACCACCGCCUCCACCAAUGGUUCCUCACGCACCUCAACCAAUACAAGCCCAAAGCCAACCACAAGGUCCACCAAAUCCACCGCAACCACCACAACCACCUAAUCAACCUCCAAAACCCUCCUUGCCACAAAGGGCACUAAUGGCACCAGCACAACAACAACCACCUCCUCCACCACCUCCAUUACCACCAACGCCACCUAUCCCACCAACUCCACCACAUCCCCCAAUGCCACCCCAACCACCAAAUCCACCACUACCACCAUUACCACCAACCCCACCACAACCUCCAGCUCCACCAACCCCACCACAACCUCCAGCUCCACCAACACCACCUUAUCCACCAAAUCCACCCACACCGCCGUUGCACCCAUCACCGUCGCCACCCCCAUCACCACCGCCGCCACCAAUUCCACCACGACAACGGUCAGGCCCUCAAGAACGACUAGCCCCAGUACCCCCGCAACCACCCCUACCACCAUCACCGCAGGCAGCGAAAUUAUCUCCACGUUAA